UCUCUUGUUUGAUUCCUUUUCUUUCCUUACUCUUUAUGCUUAUCUCUUUCUUAUUUGUUCGGCUAGGGCUCCCAUCAAGUUCACCCAAGGCGGCGGCUCCCGGCAGGUUCCGCGCGUUGUGUCGCCGCCUCCGCGACAGAGGAGGGAGCCGACGCCACAGCCUUCGGCGCGCGCGCCUACACCGCCGCCGCCUGCGGGUACUCCGCCUCCCGCAGGGGCGCCUUCCUUCGCUGUGCCUCUGGCCUCAGCACCUGGCCGCGGCGCACAGGGCGAGCCGACGCGCCAGCCGACGCUGGAUGACAUGUUCCCGCGCCGCACUCGUCUUCUGGACCCAGCGGCUGGAGCCGGCAGGGGCAUGCCGCCUUCGACCGGAGCCAGAACCAGCAGGGCUGCGCCGCCUGCGACCGGAGCCGGAGCUGGGCCAAGCGUGGUGGUGUUGGAGGAGAGCCCGGAAGGGGUACCUCAAGCGCCGGAGAUGGCUGCCCCGACCGGGCCGACUGCUUCACCCAGAGCGCCUUCGCCUCCGGAGCUGACAAGGGAGGAGCCGGUCGGGAAGGAGCCGGCGAGGGACGAGCCGGCGCGCACGGAGGACACCGGCUCGCGCGCGCUGGUGAGGACGGAGGCCCCGUCGGCGCUGUUGGGGGGCCUGCAUAUUGCCAAGGGCGCUCGGCUUCUGCACGUGCCGUCCGCCUCCGACUCCAGCCUUGGCUCGGCUGGCACCAUGGAGCAGGCGUGGCUCAGCGCGGACUCCUACGAGGUGACCAGCCGGGAGGGGAACCCAGGCCAGGCGUCGGUGAAGAUGUUCUUCUCCGGCUUCCAGGCCAACCUCAAGGCCAGGGCUGCCGAGACCGCGGCCAACCUCGCCAAGGUGGAGGAAGCCAGCAAGGCGGUGACGGAGCGGCGCACCAACUUGUACAACCGCGCCGUGACCCACUAUCACAAGGCCAAGCUUGACCGGGCCAACUUGGCUCGCGAGCUGGAGGCCGUCAAGGCUGAAGCCGCCAGGGUCCCGCAGCUGGAGGCGGACCUUCGGGUUGCUCGCGCCCAGUGCACCGAGAGCGAGGAGGCGGGCCGAUCUGCUGCCGCCAAACUCAAGGUGGCUGAGGGGGAGUUGGUGCGGCUGCGCCGGCUUGAGGAGAACCACCUCAAGGAGCUUGCCCUCCUCAGGACGGCUGAGAAGGAGAAGGUGGACGACCUGAGCAAACGGCUGACCGAGGUGGAGAAGCAGCGGCUUGCGCUUCAGGAGGAGGUCACCACCAAGACCGCGGAGCUGUCGGCCACCGCCAAGCGCUGGGUGGAGGAGAUUGGCACGCUCGACCGUGGCCUGUCGGCGGCCUUCCCGGAAGCGCAGGAUGCGGCAUUAGCAGUCGUUGGCGUUGCGCGCGAGGCUAGGAGGCGGGCGACUGGCGAGGGCAGCUCGGAGUACUUCACCAUGGAAGAUUACAUGGCAUCCAUGGCCGCCCGCGUCGAGCCCAUCACCAAGCUUGGCUGGGAGCUCCAGAAGGCGGCUGAGGAGCUGGUCCAGAUGCUGUGGCCCGCGGAGGUGGUGCCGCAAGAUCUCUCCAACCCCAUCUCCUGGCUGGAGCGGGCGCCGGAUCGCUUCCUCGACUGGAAGGAGUCUGCCACGCGCGCUGGAGCCGACAUGGCGUUGUCCUUCGUCCUCUCCUGGUACAACGAGGUGGACCUUGGGCAGCUCGAGUACCGGCGAGCCGGCGUGGAGGACAAGCUCCCGGCCGAAUACAAGACUGCCCGGCUUGCCCGAGCCAGCGCCAUCGCCGACUUCGUCGACAAGGGCCUCUUCAUCGCGGACCCGAACCCGCCGUCUGACGACGAGGAUGAGGAGAUGGAAGAUGAGGAGGCGGAAGAUGCGCCUGGGGACGACCCGGCAGCUGGCUCCGCUGAUGCUCCUCCGGCUGGUCCUCCUCCAGCCGGUGCUUAGUUUACCUGUCUUUUAGUUGUUGCUUUUGCCAAGACAAUUUGUUAAAUCCCCGGGAUGCCGGGUGCAUAUGUAUGAAUAUUAUCGUCCUUUUAUUAUGUCACACUUUAAUGUGUUUGUUAAUCAUUUGUGUGCCGACUUGCUUUCUUU